GAGCGCAUGAGACAGCAAGCCGAAGAGCGGCUUGCGAUCCUGCGCCAGCGAGAAGUGCAGCGGGAGCCCUGGACAGCACCCGACGCAGGCAGGCAUUUGCCACGCCGGCCGUGGUCCGCCAUUCCGGGCUACACGGGCUUCAGGCCUCGGCAGGAAGAAGGCUGUACC